AUGUCUCAUCCCUUUUUACCAUUAUCGUCCCCUCCAGAUUCGCCAGAUUCGCCAGGAUUGCGACCGCGACGACCCAGUUUGGAUCCAGAACGCGAGAUUCUCUCCACGCGUGGCCAACGCUUCCUCAAUUUCCUGCCCAGUCGCAACUCCAGCAGCGCCUUGCAGGAAUUACAUCAGGAGUCGACUUUCCUGCGUCGAGGAUCCCAACUCAUUGGACGAAGCAACCCCCGUUAUGAAUGCCGGAAAUACUACGAACGAAACAAUGCCAUCAUCUCCCAUUACCUUUAUAUCGACCGACUCCUCGACUCCUCUCUCCCUCACAAUCUGAUCAACGAUUAUGAUAAUUGCGGUCACUCCCACCCAUUUAACCAUAUUGACUCAACUAUCGAGGAAUCGGAAUUGGAAUCGAACACCCCUUCAACUCGCGAGGCCGCCGCCCGCGUCAAGCGCACCCCACACAAUCUCUAUCGAAUCCCCGAUGAGACUGCCCCUUUGCUCAGCUCAAGUGCUACGCCGGAUCAGGAAUCAUGCGCCUACCAUACAAUGCCAGAGAUGGAGUCUCACGAGGGAUUAUCUCCUGAGAAAGAGGAGCGUCUGAUCAACCUGGCCAUCCGUAUCAAUUUCGUCGCCAAUGUCUUGCUCCUAGCUUCCAAAGUGGCCAUCAUGUAUCUCACAAGCUCCAUGUCCAUGCUUGCUGGCCUUGUGGAUGGAGUCCUGGACUUUUUGAGUACGGUCAUCGUUUGGGUCACCACAGUCAUGAUCCGUCGGCAAGAUCGGAACCGUUUCCCAAUCACUCGACGACGCCUCGAACCUCUCAGUGUGCUGAUCUUCUCCGUCAUCAUGGUCACUUCCUUCUUCCAGGUGGGUCUAACCUCCAUCAACCGGUUGAUGGGGGAGGACCACACUCUGGUGGAACUGUCCCUCCCGUCCAUCAUCCUCAUGGCCGCAACCGUCAUCGUCAAACUUCUGUGCUGGCUUUGGUGUCGCCUCAUCCCUAGUCCUGGUGUUCAGGUCCUAGCCCAGGAUGCUAUGACGGAUGUGAUAUUCAACACUUUCAGCAUCAUCUUCCCUUUAAUUGGCUCCUUCGCGCGCCUUUGGUACCUCGAUCCCCUGGGUGGUCUGCUCCUCUCUGUAUACAUCAUGUGGAACUGGGGAUCAACGGCGAGUGAGUACAUUAGCCGACUGACCGGAGCCGCUGCCUCGCCCGAUGAUCAUAGUAUCUUACUCUACAUGACGAUGCGCUUUUCACGGGUUAUCCAAAAGGUUCAGGAUCUCAAGGCCUACUAUGCCGGCGACAAACUCAAUGUGGAAGUCGACUUGGUCGUGGAUGAAAAGACGAGUCUGCGCGAUGCUCACGAUGUUGGGGAGAGUCUGCAAUACAUGAUUGAGAGUGUGCCUACCGUUGACCGGGCCUUUGUUCAUUUGGAUUAUUAUACUUGGAAUCUCCCUAGUCAUAUGAACCAGUUGGAUCGAUAG